AUGUCUUGGAAGCAUUCGUUUGCUCAAAUCCAACUCCAACGGGAUGAAUCCCGGCCAUUGACUGGAGGUAUUGCACCUGUCGUCGACUCUGAUAUGUUCAAGAGCCCACAAUGUCUUCAAAAGCCUAAAUCGAAGAGUAUGGAACAUUUCUUGAGUGUGGAGAGCAGAGCACGUGGUGCUGCAACUCUCAAGGCUGGGGGUGCCGAAUUGACUGAAGAUAUUAUCAGCUUGAGCACUGGAAGACCUUCAUCCGAGUACUUCCCAUUUCUGAAUCUCAGCUUGGAACUUCCAAAAGUACCAAGGGUCUCUGAGAGUCAUCUGCACCAGUCAACUACUCAUGCGAUUGAGAAGCAUGGUCUACCGGGCUCUAAAUCCCUCGAUCUUGCCAUAUCGCUCAAUUACGGCUAUAGCGCAGGAUCCGAACAACUCAUACGCUUUGUGACUGAGCAUGUUGAAGCCAUACACAAUCCACCAUACUCGAAUUGGCACUGCUCUCUGACUGUGGGAAGUACUGCCGCGCUGGAUGCGGCUUUCCGCAUGUUCUGCCAACGUGGAGACUUUAUUUUGAUGGAAAAGUUCUCCUACUCGGGAGCGAUAGAAGCUGCGCGGCCACUUGGGAUCCAAAUGGCAGGAAUUGAUAUGGAUGAUGACGGCCUGUCACCGACGCAUCUGGAUAAUCUUCUCUCUGAAUGGGACACUGCGCAACGUGGUGCUCGGAAGCCCUUCCUACUCUACACAAUUCCUACAGGUCAUAAUCCCUGCGGUAUUACACAGUCUCUUCAGCGUCGCCGAGAAAUCUACGCUGUGGCUGAGAAACAUGAUCUGUUCAUCAUUGAAGAUGACCCAUAUUACUUCAUGCAGUUCAAUGGCCAACAGAACGCACCUCUACACGCUACAGAGGACUCGGAAGGUCUGCCAAUAGCCAUCACUGAGCCAACGUGGGACCUGCUACCAUCAUACCUGUCACUCGACGUGUCGGGCCGGGUACUGCGGCUCGACUCGACAUCGAAAAUGCUGGCACCCGGCUUGCGCUGCUCCUGGAUGACUGGCAACUCCGAGAUCAUAUCUCGUCUUCUCUAUUACCAUGACGUGAGUACAGUGUCACCGAGUGGCCUAUCUCAGCUCGUCAUGCAUACGCUGCUAAACGAGGUCUGGGGGCAUGAAGGAUUCAUGACAUGGCUCGAGUACCUGUGCGACGAGUACUUGCAACGGAGGGAUAUUCUAGUCAGGGCCUGCGCCACGCAUCUCCCAAGCCGUAUUUGCUCAUGGCAUGUACCAGAUGGUGGCAUGUUUUUGUGGAUCAAAGUAGCCUGGCAGCAGCACCCGUCGAUUGCAGAUGCCGCAGCUGGUUCACCGGGCCAUGACGAAAUGUUGGCGAUAGAGGAUUCCAUCUAUCAAAACGCAAUGAAGCGAGGCGUCAUGUGCUGUAAGGGUAGCGCCUUCUGCGUCAAUGACCAAGAGAAGGAUAUGUUCUUUCGUGCUACCUUUGCGACUGCUUCAUUCCAACAAAUGGAGGAGGCCAUUGCAAGAUUUGGAGGGGCGAUUUCUGCAGAGUUUCAAUUGAUGGAUUAA